GUUUAUAGGGGGCUGUGCCAUCUGCAGGCUCAGUGCCUGGAUUUGUGAUAAGCACACACAACUUAGUUUGAUAACAAACUAAACAGCAGCUUCCGCCGCCGCGCCGUAGUUUGGGAUUCUUACACAGUCCGUGCGUUUCUCGCUGACUGCUUUGCUUUGGGCUUUAAAUAUCUUUCUCCACUAGUUCUUCUCUGUGCGACAGCUACGGGAUAUGCCGAGAGGCGGAGGCGUUUCUUAUUCUACCCAAAGCUUCCCCAAGUUGGGACCCCACUGACGCGCUAUGACAUGAAGGAGGAGCACACUUGUGGACACAGCUGAAGUCACCUAGAGGCCUUCACUUUACCGCAUUUUUCUGUUAAGCUGAACAAGCCGUUUUCCUCUGAAGCAACACAGUGGGCUGGCCUGCUGCUGCUAGAUUUUCUUCCUCUACCUGUUAAACACCGCUGCCAUCAUGCAGACAUCAUCGAUCCGCCGCCAAAUGAAAAACAUGGUCAACAACUACACCGAGGCCGAGAUAAAGGUUAGAGAGGCCACCUCCAACGACCCCUGGGGACCCUCCAGCUCGCUCAUGGCUGAAAUUGCAGAUCUGACCUUCAAUGUUGUGGCUUUCACCGAGGUUAUGGGUAUGGUCUGGAAGAGGCUCAAUGAUCACGGCAAAAACUGGAGGCAUGUUUACAAGGCGCUCACACUGCUGGACUAUUUAAUCAAAACAGGGUCUGAGCGCGUAGCCAGGGAUUGCCGGGACAACAUAUACAGCAUUCAGACACUGAGAGACUUCCAGUACUUAGAUCGAGAUGGACGUGACCAGGGUCUCAAUGUGAGGGAAAAGGCUAAACAGUUGGUGGCUCUGUUGAGGGAUGAAGAAAAGCUAAAGAAGGAGCGAACCCAGGCACUGAAGACCAAAACACGCAUGACAGGGGUCACAAGUAGCUUAGGUUCAAGUCCCUUACCUCCUCCUUACCCAGGAUACCCGAGUGAUGAGGGCGGCAGGUGCAGAAGCUCUCCUUCCUCCUUCCGCUCCUCUUCUUCCUCUCCUCAACUAGCUCCAGACCUGGAACAAGCACGACCAGCAACCAGUGGCGAAGAGGAGCUACAGCUGCAGCUGGCCCUGGCUAUGAGCCGAGAAGAAAGUGAAAAGCCACCUCCUCGAGUGGAUAUCGAUGAGCAGACCCAGCUCCAGAUCGCUAUGAGCCUCAGCAAAGAGGAGGCCCACCAGCCAGUCCAACGCGCUCCUGCUGCUGCCCUGGAUAUGGACGAGGAAACUCAGCUCCAGUUGGCCCUGAGCUUGAGCAAGGAGGAGCACCAGCAGGAGGAGCUCAGCCGCCAAGGAGAUGAGUCCCUGCUCCAGAAAGCUCUGGACGAGAGCAAACGUGAAAUGGAGAAAAAAGGCGGGACGGCCUUUAUGGACCUGGUAGAUGUUUUCGCAGUACCCACAGAUCUGCCUCCCAGUGACCAUCGGUGGAAUAAUGCCUCACACCAGGCAGCUGCUGGGGCUGGAGGUACAGACCAUUGGGACUCUUUCGAAGGCAGCCGCGUUCCAAGAGCUGAUUCUCCAUGGAUGGUACCUCCACCUUCAAACAGCCCUCCCCCACCAUGGGAACCUCCAGCCAACCCCUGGGAUCCACCACAGGACAACGUCUCCAGCCUCAGUCCUGUAGGCCGAGUAUGGCCUUUGCCUGCAAAUACAGGAGCUGAUCUGUUCACAGCGCCUUCAGGAAGAUCAGCACCUACAGAACCUGCUCCCCGAACUCUAAGUCCCUCAGAUGCUGAUCUGUUUGAUGACGCUAUGGAUGGUGGUCAGGUGAACGGGGCUAGUGGGCGAGAGGACAGCCCUGAGCUUUUUGACCUUUCUCGUCUUCGAGAAAGCCUUAAUGACCCCAGCCCUCGAACAUGCCGGACACCCGAGUCCUUCCUGGACCCUUCGGCAGCUUCUUUGGUGAACUUGGACAGCUUGAUCCCAGCAAACCCAUCAGCCAAGAACAAGAACCCGUUUUUAUCAGGCCUGAAUGCUCCUUCACCCAGCAAUCCAUUCCAAACAGAUCAGCCGAAACUAAGUCUCAAUCAAAUGGGCUCCGGCUCCGCCUUGACGGCUCCCCACACCACUUCUCUUCCAUACAGUGCCUCCUUGCCCCUGCCUACAAGUCAUCCGGGUGCCAGCAUCCCGUCGUCACAUACUCACCCCACCCAUCCUGGACUGGACUUGCCAGUGAGGCUCCCUGAGCCCUUGUUGCCUUUCUCUUCAGCAAGUGCUCAGGGAUCACAGGCCGCACAGAGCAGUCAAAACCCCUUCUUAUGAGGACAAAC